AUGGAAGCAAAAGCGGCAGAGCUUCUGGCAGCCUUCAAAAACCCGAAUGUUUCAAUUGACGCCAAGGUCGCUCAUCUGACGGCCAUUAAGUCGGACAUCAAGCAAAAGAAUGUGCCUGAAGGCGCCGUCCCAAUCAUUUUCGACACUCUGCGCCUGGCUCUCACAUCCCAACAUUAUUCAGUCCUCGGAGCUGGAUUUUCCACCCUCGGUCACUUCCUGAAACGUCUGACGAUUCAAGAUCAGCAACAAUGGAUUGUCAGUCAGGCGCGCAACUUCUAUCACAUUCUCCUGGAGCGACUUGGGGACCACAAGGAGCGGAUUCGAUCACAAGCGGCGUCAAUCUUCACGGAAUUAUGGGCUGUGGCACCCACUGAAGUCGAAUAUUAUGUUCUCGAGACUGCCUUAACUGGCAAGAAUCCGCGGGCCAAAGAAAUGAGCAUGUUGUGGCUCUCAAACAUGACCAAGCACCAUGGACUGCUGUUCCGUCAGUACGUAUCUUCGCUGGUCUCGUGCUUAGAGGAUGCAGACAGCGCCGUACGAGACACGGCGAGAAUGGUGGUGGUCGAAUUGUUCCGAACUGCUCCCGCGCGAGCCAAGUCGGACUUGCAGAAACAGCUGCUGGCACGGGGUGUGCGCAAAUCAAUUGCUAAUGCCAUUCUCGCUGGAAUUGGUUUGAGCGAUUCGGAGCCGCCGAGCUCGGUUCGCUCCCUGUCUCGCGCCGACAGGCCCAUCUCGGUAAUGUCGUCGAGAUCGAACAUGCGGGAUCUCGUUGAAGAUGAUAUUGUUGACACGCACGAAGAAGCAGAGCCAAUCCGACAUCGUCCGGAAUCAUCGAGGAGCCAUUAUGAUUGGUCGACUCCCGCCCCUCCAGAAGCCCCUUCGAGGCCCAAACCUCCAGCGGAGCCGCAAAGCUUACCGCAUGCCUCCUCUGAAGACGAUGGAAUUGAGCCUUUUCUAGUUGCGUCAGCAAGAGACAUUGAUGAUACCGUGCGAGACAUGCUUCCGUGGUUUGAGGGCAGGGAAUCGGAAGACAAUUGGCUGAAACGUGAGAAGAAUGUCAUUCUUUUCCGUCGCCUCACUCGGGGCAAUGGGCCCCAAGAUUUUCCUCAAAGCUACAUCCAUGGAGUCAAAACUCUGCUCGAUGGGAUUUUCAAAGUUGUCCACUCUCUGAGAACUACAUUGUGUACCAAUGGCUGUCUUCUGGUCCAAGAUAUCGCUCGGACAUGUGGCCCAAAGAUGGACCAUAUGGUUGAGAUAACCAUGCAAAACCUAAUCAAGCUCUGCGGGUCCCUGAAGAAGAUAGCUGCACAAAAUGGCAACGCCACUGUGGAUGCCGUCAUCGGAAAUGUCUCCUACAACAUCCGUAUUCUUCAGCACGUUCAGUGGGCUUCUCAAGAGAAGAACUUGCAACUUCGAUUGUUCGCCGCUGGAUGGCUUCGAACCUUGAUCAGGAGACAGGCCCAUCAAAAAGCUACUGUCGAACACGGCGGCGGUCUGGAUCUCAUCGAAAAGGCCCUCAAGAGGGGGCUCGCAGAUGCAAAUCCUGCAGUGCGAGAGGCUGUGCGUAGCACGUUUUGGACAUUCUACAAUGUUUGGCCGGAUCGAGCGAAUGCAAUCAGUGCAACUCUCGACGCAAAGUCCCGAACACUACUUGAAAGAGAUCCAUCCAAUCCUAACGCUUCCAAGACCGCUUCCACGCCCACAAAGGCUUCGGCUGGCCCUAGCGCCAGUCGCUCAGCGUUAAAAGAGGCCAUUGCGGCCAGGAAGAGAGCUCUACCCCCGCCGCGACCAGAGUCCGCCCAGUCUACAGUUGUCGAUUCAGAUGGGACGACAAGGCCUCCCGCUCGCACACUACAUACAGUUGCACCCCUCUCUUCUCUCUCGUCUGCUCCCAUGCGACCUGCUAUGAAGCCACGUCGGCCUGAAAUCAGCCGCCCGGCAACUGCGGAUCCAUACGCCCGUAGACCUGACUCUCGAACCGCUCAGAACGUGCCUUCAACGAGCGGAUCUCCUAGGGCAGUGCGUCCAAAGGCCUCCACGCCCUCCUCAAAACCUACGUCUGGGCCUCGCCUCCGAGCUCAAGAUGCUGAACAAUCGAGUACAACUAGAGGCAGGCCGAAAAAGCUUGAUCUGUCGAAAUCUAAAUCUCAUGGAGAUUUGGCGGCCGCGAGUCAUUCUCGCAGCGACUCUGGCGCAAGCGUUCCACCGUCCCCGCAAGCCAUUAAUGAGGGUCAGCUUAGCGAGCACGACAAGCCGACAUCAACCGUAACGGAGAGUGACCUCUUCUCUGUCUCGCGCCCGACGCCUCCCUCGCAUGGAAUUCCCGACGCUCUGCAUCUGCAUUCCAGGCCUACAAAAGAGCCGCCAUCCUCUCGUGUCCCUGAAGAAAGCACAAAGCUUGCUCCACAACUCUUUGAAGCGAAUCACGAAGCACCAAUGUAUCCUGCUUCCCCAAUCGUCGCAUCUGACUGCCAAGCGAAGACUCAAACAGAACCAGUCAUCAUAUACGAAGAUCCAGAUUCGCCGGUCGUGACAGAACCCAAAACGCCUCGAUUAUCUCCGUCCCGAAUUUCCAGUCCAGCGAAGUCUGCUCGUCAUACCGACGAACAUGAGCAGGACCGCGUCUCAAUGCCGGGCUCUCCUGCAGCACCUCAAACACCUCCCAAAUCCACGUUCCCAGAGCUGGCUUCCAAUGAGAAUGUUCAAGAGGACGGUUCCACCGAACCACGGUUUCCUUCACCUCAGAAGACUCCUCUUCGAGGUACUCCCUCUCCCAUAAGACACCGAGUUCAUCACGCGCCAUUCCCGCACGGUGCCAACCUGCCGCCUUCGUCCUUACCAAAAGCCGUCACGCCCAAGGCGUUCGCCCGUAGUCUGAAUGACGAGAAUGUUUUCGAACAUACCUCGAAGAACGAUGGCUCUACCACGACCCCGCGAUCUGCAGUGAAGCCCAGCGCUUUAGAGGAAGUUCCGUUGAAUGAGUCCACCCCACGGCUUUCAGUGGAAUCAAGAGGGCGGCCUCAGGAAUCGCCAGCACUUUCAACGAUUGAGGAACCCACAUUUCGCCACCGGCGCAAGUGGGCAGAGCGACACCGUAGCCCAAGUCCUCGCUCAAAGGAUCCAGCCAACGCCCAAGAGAUGCUGAACAAGGCGCUGAUUCGAAUCACUUCGCACACUAUGGAUAUCUCAGGAUACAGGAAGCUGCAAGGUCUCUUCCAGUAUCACGGCGAGGCCAUUGUCUCGCGCGAAGGCGAAUACUACGCGCUGCUGGAGGCUCUUUUGCGCGAGCUCGAAGCAGCCCCACUCAACCGAAAAGACCAUGACGUGAAGACACAGAUAUUAGCUACGAUACGCUCAAUGAUUCUUCGUACUGGCACACUUUUUCAUCGAUACGAUGUGCCCGCCAUGGCCUCUCUGAUCCAAGCUCGGCGGCAUUAUGAGUCCAAUUCGCAUUUUGUGACUUGCCUUGAAGAAGUGGCCGAACAAUUGGCCUUGCUUCUCCCUCCACAAAUAGUGAUCGAAGGUGUGCUACAAGGCAUUGACACGGACGAUGCUACGGAGAGCGGCAUGAACGACGAUAUGUAUCGUUCUGUUAUCAUGGGACUUGCCACUGUGCACCAGGCGCUCUCCAAGGGACCUGUUGAGCUAUCCGAUGACAGCUUGGCUCAAAUUGGCACAGUUGUCAGCAAGCAACUCGGCCAUACUCGACCUGGAGUACGAAAGCAGGCAACGGAGCUUUGUACUCUGCUGAAUAUCAAGUUCGGCCCCGAGCGCAUGCAAAAGGUCACGCCUCCCGCGGGCGAGGGCUCACUUAACCUCUUGACCUAUUUCAUGGCCCGUCGCACCCAAUGA